AUGGAUCCGACAGCUCCACCCCUCUGCGACGGUGUGUCCUUCGUCGUCUGUAACGACGCGGUGUACGCCUACGGUGGUGCCGUGCCAGAGACAAUUUGGCGUCUGCAUUUGUCAACAGGAACGUGGAGCGAGAUGACGUGCAAUGGUGCUGUGCCCCCAGCGCGGCAAAACCACACGGCAGUGAUUUAUGCCGGUCAUCUGCUUCUGUGUGGAGGGGAACCGAUGCUGCAAUCGCCGCAGCCGAAGUUGAUGCCGUACUACGAGUUGAAGCUUGACACAUUCACGUGGCUUUUUAUCGACACAUUUGGUGAUGUCCCGCUUAACCGCUCGCAUCACACCUGCACCGUUGUGGGUGAUAGUGCGAUCCUGCUGGGCGGCAAACCCGUGCUGAGCGAGAGUGACAACGAUGGCGGUGGCAUCACCAACGCACGCAUGUCAGAGUAUGACCGUGCAGGCUUCUACGACGUGUAUAUUCUCGACAUCGUGCCGCGUGUGUGGCGGUCAGUGGCGGCGCGCGGGCCGUCGCCGCAGCUGUGGGGCCACAGUGCGGCUGCAUACGACGACGCGUACGUCGUCCUAUUCGGCGGCCUCGAUGUCUCGCAGCGGUACACAGCGGCCAUCAGCAGGCACGGCAGCCCACACCAUCCACACNACCCGCCGGUGGCCGCGGUGUCGAACAAGCUCUUCCUGCUCGAUGUGCACGCAGCGGCGUGGCGCGUCGUGCCCCCCGCCUCCGGCAGCGAGACACCGCCACGCGCCCUCCACGCGGCGCACGUGGACGGAGCGAAGAUGUACGUGCUCGGUGGCUUCAACGUCGACAAGCAUGGCGGGGUGGUGCUGCUGCAGAGGGGACUCUGGGUGUACGACGUCCUCAAUGGCACGUGGAGCGUCAUGGACUUCCCAGAGAAGCUCCCCGUCGCCGUGCGGAGGCUCUCUUGCAUCUACGAGUCGCAGCUCGUCGUGGCGGCGACAAUGGAGUCACUGUGGUGCAUCGACCUCCACGAAGAGGCUAGGACGCGUGUGUGGCAAGAGAUACCCACGUCCCAAGUGAAGUUCGUUGUGGAACCGGCGGCCAAUGGGCCGGAUGAGUACAACGAGAUCAUCAAUCCAAGACACUGUAGCCAUUAUUACCGAGCCAACUCCGAUGGUGGUGACAAGGAAGAAGAGUCAAAGCAGCCAUCGUCAUUCAAUGUACUGCAGAAGGUGGCAAGGAAGGAGGUGGAUACGAUUCUUGACGAGAUUCACCAGUUGCGGGAGCUUGUGCUCUCGAAGCGCAAUUUAAAUCCUUCACCGCUACCACCAAAAGCAGUAACAGAAGGCUCACAUUCACUUUCACCACCACAAGGGCCCGUUCGACUCAAGCAGGAGGAGACUGAAAUAGCCACUGCGUUCAAAACAGUAGCGGCGGAAGAUGAGGACAAGAGGAACAUGAAAAAGCUUAGAGAACGAAAAAAGAAGCGGGAGCGUGUGCAACAACUGACCAAGCGUCUGGCACAGCUAAUGGCUCUUGAGGCGGAAAGGGAAGGCGAGGAGGCAGCCCGACUGUCCGCCAUACAACAAAUGGAAUUACAAAAUUCCUCUCAUGGGGAAGUGGGAAGGCAUUCCAUAAAGGCUUCUGUGGAACACAUCCGUCAGGACGCCGCCUUGGGGCACUGUAAUUCCUUUCUUAACGUAGCAUCACCUUUGUAUCAUGAUCAGCAGCAGCACCGACAGGCUGAGGGUGAAGAAGGGCGGCUUUCGCCCUCCGUCGAGCAACGCGACAACUCUGACAGGUGGUCGAGAGUGCUUGAUGUGAUGAAGCGGUCACCCUCACGGCCUUCGAAGCGGGCGUUUCGUGCGAGUAUCGUUACCCUGUAA